AUGAUGAUUGCGAUGAGCGGACUUCGAGGAGGAAUCGCCUUUUCUUUGACGAAAAUGCUGACCCACACUGCCGAAAUCCCACAUAUCCACAAGUUCCUCUCCACCUGCAUCGCCAUCAUCAUGUUUACGUCCAUCAUUCAAGGAGGCGCGAUCCAGUACCUCGUAAAAUUCCUCGGCAUCAAGACCGCUGAAGACGAAGAGAUUGAAACUCGUCAAAAUAGAAUGUCAACUCGUUUGUAUCGAAAAAGCGCUCAUCAUCCAUCCAUGGCUCCAUUCGCUUCUGACGAAGACGAAAUGCUGUAA